UGAUUAUAGCCGAAGAACAAUCAUGCAGUAUACUCCGCGACACUAGCUGAUUAACACACACUUAGAGAUACACGAAACGUCUAACAAAAUCUGUCAAAGGACAAUAUUCCUAUGAAUAAUCAUCGUGACGCGAGACUUCCCGUAAAAUCAAUGGAAUUAUAGGUAUUUUCACAGAAAACGGUAUACCUCGACACGAUUCCAAGAAACGUUUGACUAUUAUUACAUCGCGUGUGCGUAAUUCCCUCAUUCGAUUUAACUGGUGGAGUAUCGUAGCCUGUGAAGGAAAGAAAUCGACGAAAUGGCCAAUAAAAAAGAACUGAUAUCAUGCCGGGACGUGCUUUGGUAUCUUGUUUUCUGCGGUUUCGCUAUAAAUUACAUGCUGCGGAUCAACUUGAAUCUGACGAUAGUAGCGAUGGUAAUACCUCGUCCAAAGCUGGCAACAAAUUCUCAAUGUGACAUCGAAAAUCUACGGUUAUACAAUAAAACAGACGAUAGUAACAACACACUUGAGACUACAAUAUCUACUACAUCACACUCGGAGCGAGAUAUUAUUGACGAUGAUCGAUUUGCUUGGACCGAGCAUCAGCAAGGCUUAGCUUUGGGAGCUUACUACUGGUUGCAUUGGACAACACAACUUCCUGGAGGGCUUCUAGCAAGACGUUAUGGUACAAAACUUGUUUACGGCUUAGGAAAUCUCUUAACAGCAAUUCUUGGCUUCUUUAUUCCGUUUAUGACCCGUUAUCACCUUUAUGCUCUUGUGACACUACGGGCUCUCCAGGGUCUGGUCGCGGGUGUUAUAUGGCCUUCUAUGCAUGACAUGACUGCCAAAUGGAUUCCUCAGAAUGAGAGAAGCAAAUUUGUUAGUUCCUAUUUGGGUAGUUCUGUCGGUGCUGCUAUAACUUACCCACUUUGCGCAGUUGUUAGUAGUACAUUCGGUUGGGGUACUGCAUUUUAUAUAACAUCAUUACUUGGAGUCAUUUGGUACUGUUUCUGGCUAUUCCUCAUACACGACUCACCUCAGCAACAUCCUCGAAUAUCUGACGAAGAGAAAAAAUAUAUUUUGGAACAUCUUGGUAAUUCGAUCGAUGAAAAACAAACUGUUAUUCCUUGGAAACAUAUACUGACAUCUGGUCCAGUUUGGAUUACAAUCAUAGCUCACUGGAGUGGAGCAUGGGGCUUUCUCACACUAAUGACUCAAGCUCCAACUUACUUUAACUUCAUUCACGGAUGGAAUAUCAAUGCGACUGGACUUUUGUCUGGAGCCCCGCAUAUACUAAGAAUGAUUUUCUCGUAUUAUUACUCGAUCAUGAGCGACUGGCUCAUACGUACCAACAAGAUGAGUUUAACCAACGUUAGAAAACUGGCUUUGUUCGUAUGUACUGGUUUGCACGGGAUUUUCAUCUUGGCUUUGGGCUAUAGCGGAUGUCAUCCGACGCUCGCGGUAGUCUUCAUGAUGGCAGGAACAGCUGUAACUGGUGCGAUUUCCGCUGGUCCCUUGGCGACUUUUGUGGAUUUGAGUCCGAAUUAUGCUAGUAUUCUUCUUGGAUUUUGCGGAAUGAUAGUAAUAGCCUCUGGAUUCAUUUCACCAGCAGUGGUUGGUAUUUUGACGAACAAUAAUCAAACUGUAUCGCAAUGGCGAUUAGUUUUCAUCAUAGCUGCUGUUAAUUCUAUUGUCGGGACUAUUAUAUGCUUGAUGUUUGGAACAUCAAAAGAACAACCAUGGAAUAAGUAUGGUAAGUCAAACAAGCAAAAUGCGCAAGAAUUGCAGAAAUUGACAGUGACGCCAUUUAUAAAAAUCGGAGAGGAAAAUGAGGAAAAGGAUACGACCGAAAAAGAUGGAAUGGUUAACAUGAUGAACAAUGGGGAACAAGAGAAAUAAAUACACAUGUGUCUGAGUUAUUUGUAAAAUAUAAUAAAAUACAACAUGUGUUCACGACUAACGAUAAUAACAAUAA